UUUGCCUUGGUUGUAGGCAAGGAAAAGCAGAAAACAACAUAUGGCAAAUACUAAUUACUUUGUUUAUGGUGUUAUUUGAUGUAGCUGUGAUGUGAUGACAGUGGUGGCAAUAUGGGGACUAAAUUCUUUCUUUUCAUACCAGGUGACUUCUGCCUGUUUUAACUGAAAAUUAUCUGGUCAAGUGGCCUCAUUUCUUUCAGCCUCCCUGAAGGUUUAAGAAUCUAUAUUGGAAGAUCAGCAUGUUAAGUGGAAAAAAAUUUCUAAGUGCACCAGGAAAUGGUGCUACUUAAUGAUCAGGAUUCACUUUGGUAUGAAUGGUUCCAUGCACAUUAAUCCUGAUGGAAGCAAAGACAGAAAUGGAGCACAACCAAUUUUGGAGAUACAGCUUAUGGAGGAUACUGUUUGUUUUUGGGAUGUGACAGUAGAGUACAGAAAUGCAGCUGAGUGUGAGCAGAAAGUGAGGAUGAUGGAAAGUUUGGAUGUCUGUUCUCCAAAGUUUAGCUUCUCGAGAGCAGAACAUGAGAUUAAGCAGCAGAACACCCGUAUGUUGUGUGAUGUGUUAUUGGAUCAAGCAGUAUUACCUGGAGUGGGAAAUAUCAUAAAAAACGAAGCACUGUUUGAUAGUCGUCUUCAUCCAGCUGUUAAGGUUUGCCAACUGACAGAUGAGCAUAUACGCCACUUGGUGAAAAUGACACGUGAUUUUACGCUGCUUUUUUAUAAGUGCCGCAAAACUGGGUCUCCACUCUACAAACACUACAAAGUGUACAAGCGCCCAGCCUGCAGGGAGUGCAGUGGCAGCAUCACCGUGUGUCGUUUGGGAGACCAUAACAGGAUGACUUACUUCUGCACUCACUGUCAAAAGGUGGAUCCCCAGCUUGUCAAUCUUAGCAAACUGCCAGCAAGAACUAGCCUAAUUGGCUGGGCAUGUGGCAGGGGGUCAUGUUCUAAUGAACAUGUAGCUCGGAAAUCUGAAGAGGAGUGGACGUGUACGCGCUGCACCCUAAUAAACAAGCCUUCUGCUGAAAUUUGUGAUGCCUGUUUGACUUCAAGACCUGAAGUUCCAAAGAUGGAGAGUUUUGAAGAUUCUACAGCCGUUAACACAAGCUUAAUGAAGUACCCUUGUAAUGAUUUCAGAAAACCAAACACAGAAAUAAAGAUCAAUAGGAAAACUGCAUUUGGAACUACAACUCUUGUCUUAACAGAUCUUGGUAACAACCCUGUUUUGGGAAAUGAUACCCAGGUAUCUGGUGGCCACUCUCAGUGUGUUCCAAAAAGGAAUUGUAAACUGAUCCAAAGCAAUGCCUGCCAAUCAGGGGGAAGCACAGACAAGGACUGCUCAACACAUGUAACUGCUCUGGCUUUGUCCUCCUGUCAGCAGCCUGACUCUUUCAAACACAUACAGAAGAAACAGAAAACUGAUCAUGUACCUUUGGUUCACCCAUUUAAUGUAGCAAUCAGCACACCUGGAACAAAUCUGACAGACGAUACUCCUGUGUUGAGCAUUGGGCAUCCUCGCUGCAGUAAACACAGCCGUCUCUGCAGCCUCAGAGUUGUGAGAAAGGAUGGAGAAAACAAGGGAAGGCAGUUUUAUUGCUGCCCUCUCCCCAGGGAAACUCGGUGUGAUUACUUUCAAUGGGCCGACUUGGAUUUUCCAUUUUGUAACCACGGCAAGCGAUGUGUUAUGAAGACUGUGUUGAAGAUUGGUCCAAAUAAUGGAAGGAACUUCUUUGUGUGCCGUCUUGGGAAGGAAAAACAGUGUGGCUUCUUCCAAUGGGCAGAUAAUGGGCCAGGAACGAGAAUGACUCGGGACACACAAAAUCUGCAGCUCCUGGAUUCCACUCCUUCAGUGGCAGAACUGCAGGCUCACUCCUGGCCACCAACUGGCAGCAGGCUGCAUCUAUUCACGAUGAGCCUGCCAGAUGACCCUAACUCUCUUCUCUGAUACAAAAGCAAGUCCAGAAAUUUGUUUGGGUUGGCUAGAACUAUAAUUUUUCCAGAAGUUUUGGAAGACUUCAUAAAGGUAUGAGUUUGAGGCAGUCAAGACACAGGAAAAUAUGUACUCAGAUUGCAGAAGAAAAUAAAACAAC